UUCUGAUUUGACGUUGGCAACCGCUUGGAAAGUUUUUAAUUUUGUCGUUCGGUUGGUGGCCCAUUUGAGAUUCUUAGAUUUGGUUUAUUCAAUAUUUUAUAUCAAUUGUACAUUGUCAUAACAAAAAGUUUUUAAAAUUCAGAAUCGUGACUGUAAACAGUGAUAUCAGCAUCUGCUGGAAUCAUCGUUAACUUGCCAUCUACCAACCAACUGUAUCCUAAAAACUAAGUUUGGGACUGACUGUACGGAGUGAUACUAGAGAAUGGUUGCCAAGUCAAUAUUAAAUGUAUUUUGGGCAUUGUUUGCCCGCGGUGUGUUGGUUAUUCAUGCGAUUAUAACAGUUUGGAGGGUCCAAGAUAUCGUUGGAAAUACGUUAUACUGGUUUCUAUUGUUUGGUAUAUCAUUCCUGCUGUAUGAGACCCUUUACACUUUGGCUAAAAACGGCGGUAAUGAAGGAAAAUGGGUCUGUCCAUGUUUUUUCUUCUACCUACUAAGUACAGUGCCAUCAAUAUGGAUUUUGGAAUUAGAUAGGUUAAGUCGAUAUGAUGAAGUGUACCAAAAUGCCAACUUAACUGCAACACAAGAAUCCUUAUCAUCAGUUCAAGGGGUAACUAUACCUAUAAAACUGGGCGCUGAUGUUUGGGUAUCAGUCAUAGAACAGUCUCUAUUGUUCCUACUGAUAUUAUGUCGAUGGAUUCUACCUCGCGGUGAAAUCACCAGAGAUCAGCUCUCCCAGUUAUUGUUUGUGUAUAUUGGUAUGGCAUCAGAUAUUAUGGAACUGUUUGUCUUAUUUGACGAAGAAAAGGUACGGAGAGAUAAAGGAUUAGUUUACGUUAUCUUGGUAGCCUGGACAAUCAGUCUACUGCAAUUUUGCUUGGUGUUAACAGCGACUAAAAAUCCAAAGAAAGCUCGAGUGGCGAUCCGUCCAGUAACAGAUACUGUAAAUGUAAAGAAGAAGAAGAAGGAUUAUUUGAUAAUGUGUCUAACGACCGAAGUGUGGAGUUUAAUGGUGACCUUCCUCAUGCAAGAUGGCCCUUUCCUGUGUGUGCGUUUAUUUACAUUGAUAAACCAUAAUCUCAUUACCUAUAAUAUCCUUUUCUUUACUUGUAAAAAUAUGUUAGUGGUCAUGCUUUUGACGUACCGUCUUAUUGUGCUGUGUGGACGUUCUAAUGAUCCUGAAAAGAAGUCCGAAGAU